UUUUUCGCGCCGGCGGCCCGGGUUUCGGAGGGUGGCCAAGCGUUCGCCCGAGGCUUCGGGCGUCCAGUGCUUCCAGAGGCGCAGAACUGACGAGACCAAAGCUGCAGGAAAAUGGACAGUGAGGUACAACGAGAUGGAAGGAUCUUAGAUUUGAUUGAUGAUGCUUGGCGGGAAGACAAGCUGCCAUACGAGGAUGUUGCGAUCCCACUGAGUGAGCUUCCGGAGCCUGAGCAGGACAAUGGCGGCACCACAGAGUCUGUGAAAGAGCAGGAGAUGAAGUGGACAGACCUGGCCUUGCAGUGCCUCCACGAGAACGUCCCUCCCGCUGGAAACUGACGCUGGCUUUCUUUCCCAGGGAUCAGGUUUUCAAAACUAUGUAGAUAAAGCAUGUUUCCUCUCUGUCUCCGAAUUCAGAUCUUUGAGUAAUAAAUCAACACUCAAAAACAUA